AAGAAAAGGAUCCCAAAACAACUAUCAGUGAUAGAAAUCAAUAUCAGUAUAGGGUUUUCGCAUUUCACCGUAUCUUCAGUUCUAGCUGGUUAGGUUAAACAGGUAUUAUUGUUAUUUUAUACAGAUGAGGAAGUUGAGGUUUAGCCAGAAAGCUGCAGAGGCAGAGUUUGUAGCAUUUUCAAUGGAGAAACUCUGGAAUGAACGGGCGAAGUAGAGAGGAGGGAGGAGAAGAAACUUAAGACUGUGAGGUAGGGUAUUAAUUGCGGGCUGAAGGUGAAAUCUUGUAGACUUGAGAAGUUGACAAGAAUUGAAAAUAUUAGCACUUCGUAACUAACGGUGUUAUAAUACCACAAGCUGAAGCAAAAUUUGUUGUUUAUUUUUUCAGCCUUCCCAGUUAUUUUAAGCCGAUAAACUUAUUUUUAUGGGCAUGGAGGAACCGGAUGCUCGCGCCGCCAACCACUGGGGUUUUUUGGAGAGGCAGUAUCAAGAAAUAGUUAAAAGCAGGAACUCCACACUAUCCGGGUUCUAAUUCUGACUCUGCCCUUGACUAGUUCUGUGACCCUGGCCAAGUUAGCUUAUGUGUUUCACUUUACUCAUCUGCAAAGUAGGAGUGAUAAACCUAUUUAUCAUGAGGGAUGAAAACGAGUUAAUACAUGUGAAAUGCUUAAAACAGUGUCUGGAAUCAGUAAACACUCACUCAUUUGAAGCUUUGGCCUUGAAGAUUUCAAAGGAAGGAGCUGAGAUAUGCUUUUUCCUCGAUUUAUGUCGUCUGGAGUUCUGGAGUGGAGCUGUUGCCCUGGGUUGGUGCGCUGAAGACCACCAUUGCAAUCACAGCUGGUGCCCUGCACAGAGAGGACCGGAACAACCCCAGUCGGACCUUUCCUGCAAAUGCAGUGCCACUGGUAUCCAGAGGUUUAAACCUGACUCUUCUAGAGAGGAGGCUAGAGAACUCAGGGGCACAGCUGUAGAUGCAGGACUGAUGCCAUCUGGUGCAGUUCCACAGAAAAAGAGAUAAAAUUUACCCAGAGUGUGCCAUGCACUGGCUUUUCUGGGAAUGACAAGGUGCCAGGAUUUGUUUUUGGUUCAUUUGCAGGGGUGGAAACUUGGAACGAGGUUCCAAGAUGGUUGCUGCAGCUCCCCCAGGAAGAUGAAGGAAGCUGAAAGGGAAAACAGGGCACGCCAUUUUGAUUCUGCUUCCUUUUAAAGAGCUUUCUCAGAAGCCUGCAACUUUUACUUACAUCUCAUUGUCCAGACUGUGUCAUAUCUACGAGGCUGCGUGAGAAAUGUAGUUUUUGUAGCUGGACAUAUGACUGCCUUCAACAAAAAAGUCUAAGGAAAUCUAAGGAAAAAAGACGAUGGUGAAUCUUUGGGAAACAAACCAGCAGUCUGUGCCCUGGCUACAAAAUACAAUUGUAAAGGAGCAUAAUGAUUGAAACAGAUCAAAUCUGUAAUUCCUUCACAACUGACAGUACUCCAGGCAACACUGCUCUGCCCAGAGAGUGAGCAGAGUGAAGACAUCCUAGGUUUUUUCUUGAAACACCUGCCAAAACAGGCUUUCGCAGGCAGCUGAUAUGCUUGCCCCACAUCAGGAUUUUCUAGAGGAGGACCCUGGGAACCUGUAUACUUCCUUGGAGGACAUAAUCUAUGGAAGUUUGGAAUGGGAUAAAGAAGGCUCUACCUUGCUGCUUUCCCAUCUGCUUUAUGUAUCUCUAAUUUUCCUUACAGAUUUUUGGUGGAGUCUAGUUUGUGUUUGAUCCCUAGAAAAGGAUCAUCCCUUUCAUACAUAGGAAAAGGUAAUCUAUGUAAAGAAAGGCUACUUACUGCCUUCUCUGACUCCACCACCAAUCUAGGAAUAUCCUGAGAGAAGACUUGCUUCUCAAAGCUGCUUCCAUAAUCAGCCUACAUCCUGCCUAAGCAAAGGAAGAAGAAACACUUCCCACUCCAGGGCUGUCCAAAAGAACUUUCUGUGAUGACAGAAAUGUUCUAUAUUUGCACUGUCCAAUAUGGUAGCCACU